AUGAAUCCCGAAGCUUCUUCCCUAGUUCUUGCAGCCCUCUUUGUCUUCUUCAUCUCUGUCAAUGUAGAAUCCUUUAACGUCACACGGAUUCUGAACAACUACCCUGAUUUUGUCGACUUUAGUGACCUCCUUAUGGCGACAAAAAUUGCUGAAUCGAUCGCCAGUCGCCGGACCAUCACCCUUCUGGCCGUCGAUAACAGGCCCCUGGCGGGUAUUCAAGACAGAGACAUUGAAGAGGUUAAGAAGAUUCUGAGUGGUCAUGUUGUUCUUGAUUAUUACGAUAUGCAGAAACUCAGAAAGCUUCCAAAGAGGACGGUGGUUACUACGUUGUAUCAGACUACCGGCGUUGCAGAGCACAGGCAAGGGUUUUUGAACAUAACACGGAUGGCCGGUGGCGAAUUUGUUUUUGGUUCGGCGGCGAAAGAUGCGCUUCCGGUUGCCAAAUUGGUCAGGGCUGUUUAUGCUCAGCCGUAUAAUAUUUCUAUUUUACAAGUGAGUCAGCCCAUUGUGGCUCCUGGUAUUGGCGAAGUUAUUCUUCCGCCGCCGCCGCCGCCCUACACUUCACCUCCAGCUGAGCCUCCUAAAAAGUCUUCUUUGUCUUCGUCUGAUGCGCCUGCCACCUCUCCCCAAUCAGAAGAAGAAGUUGACGCACCCGUUGAGGCGCCCGUUAAGGCACCGGCACCGGCACCUAUUGAAGCGCCUGUUGAAUCACCGGUUGAGUCGCCUCCGUCACCUGCUAAGGAUGAAACUCCCGAUGCUUCUGAUUCUGGAGCUUCAAGAGUGUACGAGGACAUGAGUUUUGUUGCUGUGGCUUUCAUGGCUUUGCUAUUCUAA